UGUUAACAUUCAACGAUGAAACUUUUGUUAACUGCCAGCUUUGCGCUGAUUCUAGCAGUAACGCUAUUAGCCCAGGCUAAAGGGGAUUCGAUUUUCCAGCACACUUUCAAGAAAUUGCAUAGCGAACCGCCAGUGCCAGUGAAUCAGCAGCGUGUCGAUCAGGUGGAAACCCUAUGGAUUGAACAGAAGUUGGAUCAUUUUAACGAUGAAGACACGCGGACCUGGCAAAUGCGAUAUAUGCUAAACGAAGCUCUUUAUGAGUCUGGUGGACCUCUAUUUAUAUUCCUAGGUGGCGAAUGGGAAAUUUCUACUGGUCGGAUUACCUCUGGACACAUGUACGACAUGGCUAAGGAGCACAAGGGUCUGUUGGCCUACACUGAACAUCGUUUCUAUGGCGAGAGCAAGCCUUUAGAUGAUCUGUCAGUGGAGAGUCUGGAAUAUUUGAGUGUAAAACAAGCACUGGCCGAUUUGGCUCACUUCAUUAGAACUCAGAAAGCAAACUAUGCUGGUUUGGCAGAUUCUAAGGUGAUAAUUGUAGGUGGUUCUUAUUCAGCAUCCAUGGUUGUGUGGUUCAAAAGAACUUAUCCAGAUCUAGUUGCCGGUGGCUGGUCUUCAAGUGCUCCCCUGUAUGCCAAGGUUAACUUUGUAGAGUACAAGGAAAUCACUGGCCAAUCUAUAGCCCAAGUGGGUGGAUCGGCCUGCUAUAAUCGCAUAGAGAAAGGCAUAAGUGAGUUGGAACAAUUGCUUGCCGACAAACGUGGAGCCGAAGUCAAGGCUUUGCUUAAACUGUGCGAACCCUUUGAUGUGAACAGUGAUUUGGAUGUAUGGACAUUGUUCAGUGAAAUUUCUGAUAUAUUUGCUGGCGUUGUUCAGACCCACAAUGCUGGCCAAAUUGAGGGAGUUUGCGAUAAGAUUCUAUCUGAACCCGAUGAUCUUAUUGGCGUGACCAGCUAUCUGCUGGGUGUAUUCGAACAGGGCGGUGGCAAGUGCAACGACUUGAGCUACAAGGCUAUACUCAGUGAGCUACUCGAGACCAAAUAUACGGGCAAUAUAAUGCGUCAAUGGAUCUAUCAGACUUGCAAUGAGUAUGGCUGGUAUCAGACCUCUGGAUCAAGCAAUCAACCUUUUGGCACCAAAUUCCCCUUGACUUUAUAUACCACUAUGUGUGCUGAUAUCUAUGGCGAGAAAUUCUCGAAUGAGUUUAUCACAAAUCAAGUUUGGGAUACAAAUGAAUAUUUUGGACGCCUUGAACCUGGUGUAUAUGAUAUUCACAUCACUCACGGACAAUUGGAUCCAUGGCGUGCCAUGGGAAUACAAGAUGAAUCACUGGAAUUGGUGGCCACAGUUAUACCAGACUAUGCCCAUUGCAAGGACUUUGGUUCGAUCAGCGAUAGUGACAGCGAGGAAAUGCGUGAUUCCAAAUUGGCUGUAGCGGAACUAGUUCGCAAAUGGGUUCAAUAAAUUUUAAAAUUAUUUUAAUUUUAAACUUGAUUUGAAAAAUAAUAAAAUUGAUUCUAUUUUAUGUAUA